CACGCAGAAAUGGAGGUCUUUAGUUCCUUUCUGAGUCCGAAUCAAAAUUGGCCCAGGGCCUCUAGGUCCAACGACCAAUUUACAGGGAAUACAGCAGACUAAGGAAAGCGUUAGAGGACCCCAUGGGAUGCGGGCAGCAGAAUCUAAGCUGUGAGAAACCACAGGACAAACGACCUUGUUUCUUCAAAUAAAUUGCAACAGAGGGGAAGGGGAACCUAUAGGUUAGAAAUGAAUUUAGAGACAUAACCCAUGACAACCAGUGGAUUUUAUUUGGAUACUAAUUCAAGCAAACAUUGGGAGAAAAAGUAUGACGUUUAUAAGAAUUGGAAAUUUGAGCAAUGGAUAGUUGAUGAAACCCCUGGCACUCACCAAUUUAUUUGUCUCUUAUGAGUGUGACUACUCCAGGAACUUCAUAUUAUAUCUGGGUGCUGGCACCUAGCCACUCAUCUCCCAAUGAAGUACAUUCUGGUCACUGGAGGGGUCAUCUCAGGCAUUGGUAAAGGGAUCAUCGCGAGCAGCAUUGGAACGAUUCUCAAAUCAUGUGGACUCCGAGUCACUGCCAUCAAAAUUGACCCUUAUAUUAACAUCGAUGCAGGCACUUUUUCACCUUAUGAGCACGGUGAGGUAUUUGUCUUAAAUGAUGGUGGAGAAGUUGAUUUAGACCUUGGAAAUUAUGAACGGUUCUUGGAUAUUAACCUUUAUAGAGACAACAACAUCACCACUGGGAAGAUAUAUCAGCAUGUGAUCAAUAAAGAGAGGCGUGGUGAUUACCUGGGGAAAACAGUACAAGGUAUUCUUUUCCAUAAAGUUGUCCCUCACAUUACUGAUGCUGUCCAGGAGUGGGUUAUGAAUCAAGCUAUGGUGCCUGUGGAUGGUCAUAAGGAAGAGCCCCAAAUAUGCGUUAUUGAGUUGGGGGGCACCAUUGGAGACAUUGAAGGGAUGCCGUUUGUGGAAGCAUUCAGACAAUUCCAGUUUAAAGCAAAAAGAGAGAAUUUCUGCAAUAUCCAUGUUAGCCUAGUUCCACAGCCCAGUGCUACUGGAGAACAAAAAACCAAACCCACACAAAACAGUGUCCGUGCGCUGAGAGGGUUAGGCCUGUCUCCUGAUCUGAUUGUCUGCCGGAGUUCAACACCUAUUGAAAUGGCCGUGAAGGAAAAGAUUUCAAUGUUUUGUCAUGUGAACCCUGAACAGGUCAUAUGUAUCCAUGAUGUUUCUUCUACAUAUCGAGUACCUGUGCUUUUGGAGGAACAAGGCAUUGUCAAAUAUUUUAAAGAGAGAUUGGAUCUGCCCAUUGGUGAUUCUGCAAGUAAUUUGCUUUUCAAGUGGAGAAAUAUGGCUGACAGGUAUGAACGAUUGCAGAAAACGUGCUCCAUAGCCCUGGUUGGCAAAUACACCAAGCUCAGGGACUGCUACGCCUCUGUGUUCAAAGCCCUAGAACAUUCUGCGUUGGCCAUCAACCACAAGUUGAAUCUGAUGUACAUAGACUCCUUUGAUCUGGAGCAGACCACCGAAACCGAGGACCCGGUGAAAUUCCAUGAAGCUUGGCAGAAGCUAUGCAAAGCUGAUGGCGUUCUUGUGCCAGGAGGCUUCGGAAUCCGAGGAACGUUGGGAAAACUCCAGGCAAUCUCUUGGGCACGGACAAAGAAGAUCCCUUUCCUGGGGAUUUGCCUCGGGAUGCAACUAGCAGUGAUAGAGUUUGCAAGAAACUGCCUUAACUUGAAAGAUGCUGAUUCCACAGAAUUUGAGCCAAAUGCCCGUGUUCCUGUGGUGAUUGAUAUGCCCGAACACAACCCUGGCAAUUUGGGAGGAACAAUGAGACUGGGAAUCAGAAGAACUGUUUUCAAAACUGAAAAUUCAAUAUUAAGGAAACUUUAUGGUGAUGUUCCUUUUAUAGAAGAAAGGCACAGACAUCGGUAUGAGGUGAACCCAAGCCUGAUCAGUCAGUUUGAGCAGAAGGACUUAAGUUUUGUAGGUCAGGAUGUCGAUGGGGAGAGGAUGGAAAUCAUUGAACUGGCAAAUCACCCCUAUUUUGUUGGUGUCCAAUUCCAUCCUGAGUUUUCUUCUAGGCCGAUGAAGCCUUCCCCUCCAUACCUGGGACUAUUACUUGCGGCAACUGGGAACCUGCAUACCUACCUGCAAGAGGGCUGCAAACUGUCUCCUAGUGAUAGAUACAGCGAUGCCAGUGAUGACAGCUUUUCAGAGCCAAGAAUAGCUGAGUUGGAAAUUAGCUGAAACUAAUACAUGACCUGGAAUGAUCAGGACUUCCUGAGAGGGCUCUGAUGUAAUUGAAGCCAGGAUGAAUGAACUCUCUGAGGAAAUCACCAUACUCUUAAAGAUUUGCUCUGUUUUCCACCAAACAUGGAUGUAAAGCCUCAAAGGGGAUCUAAUUAUAGAUGAGCCAGAACCAAAGGGCUAGUUUCCGUUUCACUCCAGAGGCAGCCUUUGGUUCUCACAAAUUUCUGUAGCCAAUUAAACUUUUCCCAAUGACCUCA